AUGUCUACCAACCUCAAAUCUGCAAUGCCAUCGGGGCUAUCAUCGGGGCUACCUCCUGGGCUUGCAACUGAUAUCAACCUCGGUCCCUCGCCAUUUACAACUUCUUUCUCCGGGGAUUUUCUGGGCCUUCCCGUUCCAGACGACGAUCAGCUCUGGGGGCUGAGCCCGGUGUCACCGAUGGCCACAGGUUGGGACAAAGCCGAUUCGGCAGCAUUUGCCAAUUCCGCACUCGAGCGGGACCUAAAGAACGCCCAAGUCCGCAAUGGCCAACCAACCCCGCCCCCGUAUGACGACCCAGGCCGCGACCUUUCGGGGCUAGACAUGAUGGAAAGUGCGAGCAAACGCCGACGUGUGCGCGAAUACAAGACCGCUGCUGCCAGUCUCAGCCCGGAUCUCGACGAAGCGCCGCACGAGCGCGCCAAGCGUGCCAAGUUCCUCGAGCGAAAUCGUCUUGCCGCCAGCAAGUGUCGCCAGAAAAAGAAAGAACACACCCAGAAGCUGGAGUUUGAUUACAAAGAGCAGUCCGACAAAAAGGAACAGCUGAUGGCGGAGAUUUCGCGUUUGCGCUCGGAAGUCCUGGGCUUGAAAAACGAGGUCUUGAAACAUGCUCAGUGUGGCGAUGAGCCUAUUAAACUGCAUCUUGCGCAGAUGGUCAAACGGAUUACCGACAAGGAUGGAUCUCAGAAUCAGACUGCGAUGCCGCCGCCGUCACCUGUCGCAAUUCCCGAUAACCCCUCGGUCUCUCCGUUGGAAUCCACCCCGGUGCCGGUUACCGCGGCUGCAGCUGUGCCGGUGUCUUCUGCCACGGCGCCGGCAUCCUUGUCUUUUGGCUUCGAUGAUCCUCUGCAGCUUGAGCCGGCUGCUGCCGCGGCUGCGGAGGCGUUUGAACAACAGAUGCGUCGCGAGUCGGAGGCUUCGCUGGUCUCGGAGGGAUCUUAUUCGUUUUCAGCAGAGGAUACCUCCUUCGAUGAUCUGAUCAAUGUGUGA